CGCUAUCAAGUCUUUUAACCAGUAACUGUUAUGUUUUUUAACUUUGAUACAUUUACUUACUUUUUACUUACAUUUGCUGUAAAGAGACAAUUAUAAAUAAAAAAGAGUUCACAGACAAAGUAGCGCCACUUAAGACGUUAUUCCUUAACCGUUUAAAUUUAUUCUUUGUCUUUUUCUUAUCUCUAUUUUAUUUUUCUUUUACCUUUCACUUUGAUAUUGUUUUUAUUUUCUCUCAAAUUCAUCUUUUCUUUUAUAAAAAUGUCUUCUUCUAACAAAAAGUUUUAUCCUUCUCCAGUUGAGAAACGUGAAGAAAUGCAACAUAAAUGGUUAAUCGAAUGGUAUCAUCUUAAUUAUGAAAUUAUGAAAUUUUGUGAAAUUCCAUGUUUGCCUCCAGUCGAAGGAUUAAUUCAAGAUUUAGUUGUUCAUAAAUCUCUUGAAAGAUCUUCAAUUUCUUCUUGUGAAAGUAUUGGUGGUUGUAGUUCAAGUGGAGAUGAUAGAUCACCAAAACGAAUCCAUGUAAGCAAUAUUCCUUUUAGAUUCAGAGAACCUGAUUUAAGGAAACUUUUUGGUGCUUAUGGACCCAUUUUAGAUGUUGAAAUUAUUUUCAAUGAAAGAGGUUCAAAAGGAUUUGGUUUUCUUACAUUUGCCCAUUCUGAUGAUGCCAUGAGAGCCAAAAAGGAGUUAGAUGGUAUUACAGUGGAAGGACGAAAAAUAGAAGUCAAUGACGCGACUGUUAAAGGUCAAGCAAAGAAACCAAAAGAAUAUUCAGCCAUUUUUGACAGAUUCUCCAUAACAGAUACCAACUCAUCAGUUCGAGGUUUAUAAUUAACUUCUAACGUCUAUUUUCAAUUUUCUUUUUCUUUUUAAACUUAAGAUCAAUUUAUUUAUCAAAUAUCUUCAUUUAACUAAAUAUUUAUAACUCAGGUGAAAAUACCAGUCCACCUUUUCUCAUGAAAAACCAUGUACAUUAUGCCAUCUUUUUUAAAAAACCACGAUAUCAAUUAUCGUUAUUUAUAUUCACGAUUAUUUGGUGUAAAAAUCAAAUGUUAAUUAAUGACCAAAAAAUUGUCACCACUUUAUAUAUCUAUUCAAUUAUUUUUAUUAAUAAAUAGCUAUCAAGCAAUUUACGAAAA